AUGGACACGAAAAAAAUUAUAAAAAAAGCAAAAACGAAGGUGUUUGAUGCUGAUGUCACAAUUGACGAAGAGGUAACUGAUGGAGAAGCCCUAUCCAGGAAGAAAGGACGUACUAAAAGCGCUAGCAAAGAAAGAUGCUCAAAUGCUGAACAGAAGCCACAAAGUGAGAGAGGAAAGCAAAUCGAACAAAUGCUGCAGAAUUUUGUUAAUAAUAUCACGGAUCAAGGAAUAAACGGAAUGAGAAAUCUGUUCAAAACAGAACUGUCUCCAUAUACUCCUAAUCGGACUUUCAAAUCCUGGAAUGCAAAUAAGGUUAAAAACCGAUAUCAGGACAUCUUCUGCUUUGACGAAUCAAGAAUAAAGUUGACUUUCGAUGUUCCUCCCCAAACCGAUUACAUUCAUGCUAAUUGGGUGAAGUUUGAUGGACAUGAGAGAUCGUAUAUAGCCUGUCAGGGUCCAAUGGCAAACACAGUUGAAGACUUUUGGAGAAUGGUGCUUCAGGAACAAACAACACGUAUCAUGAACCUUACAAAGAAUGUUGAAAAUGGUAAGGUUAAGUGUCAUCAAUAUUGGCCGGAAAAUGCUGGUGACUAUCAAAACUACGGAAAAAUAUUUGUACAUACGAAAAAGUUUGAGCGAAUCAAUGAGGGUAUUGAUGUUUAUACAAUCGAGGUAUUACCGGAAGGGUGUUCCAACAGCACUUUAGUAAAACUAAUCCAUGUGACCAAUUGGCCCGAUAAAGGAAAUCCUUUAGAAGGUAGGGAUGUUCUUCGAAUCUUGAGAGUCAUGUCAACGGCUGACACUCCUAGAAAUGAUCCUAUAGCUGUGCACUGUUCGGCCGGUAUAGGUCGAACAGGUACUUUGAUUCUGAUAGAUGUUGUUCUUCAGAAGCUCUUCAAAUGCAAAGAACCAGUAGACCUUGUAAAAAUAUUUCGAACGAUUAGAGAUCAACGAUCUCAAUCUAUUCUCAAAGAGGGUCAGUUCCUAUUUGCAAUUUCUUCAAUUUUGGAAUAUCUAGACCUUCGUUUUCCCAAGAUGUUCAAGGAGAAAUGCGAGCGUUUUAGAAAAGAGUUCAAACAGUUAUGUACUCAAAUGAAAGACUAG